UGUCAUAACAAAACAUCUCCCCAUUUAUCACAGAAACAAUUACCCUGGAAACGAGUUUUUUACACUUGCCAAACAAACAAAAGGUUGAAUUUUCAAUUGUUAGGUCUCGCAAAGGUGUUGGUGACAAACGCAAUAAAUAAAUUUUAUAGUUCAAUAUUGAAAUUCAUACACAUAAAUAAAUAAAUAUGGCGCAGGGGGAUAUGGACGAGGACUUUCUUAACUUCGAAUCGAAGGUAAAUCAGGUAAUGAAAUUAUUGGAGGAUAUGGCCGCCGCAAAUAAAUCUGAUUCAGAAAGUGCCGCUAAAAAGCCAGAAACAAAAUCCGAAAUAAGUCAAGACAAUUUCAUUGUAAAUGUUCGUCAAGACCGCACAGUUCUCAAUCGCAAAGCAAUCUACCAAAAAGACCAAUCCGACUCCACAGGUCCACAACAAAUGGACAAGUAUACAUUUAUGCAGCAGAUGGAACAAGAUGCCGCCGAAAGAACAAAGAUUCGACAGGAACGGGAGCGUAUUGCUCAAAACUUUCGUAGCGUUGGCAAUGAUGCUUAUCGAAAGCAGAACUAUGAAAAGGCAAUACAAAUGUAUACAAAAGCCAUUGAACACGUUAAAGACAGUCCUAUACUCUACAACAACCGAGCACUAUGUUAUCUUAAGUUGAGGAAUUCUAAACGUGCAAUUAUUGAUGCCGAUUACGUAAUUAACAAAUUGGAUGAGAAGAAUUUGCGAUCUUGGUUAUAUAGAGCAGCUGCUUAUUUGCGAUUGGGUGAUGAAAAAAAUUACGAGACCAGCAUUAAAUUCGCAAAGAAAAAUAAUACUAAAGAAAUCAGCUAUAUAACUGCAUUUCAAGAAAAACUCAGAACUGAUUUUUGAACAUUUUAGGAGUUUACUUAUUCUAUUUUUCAAUAAAUUAUAUUCACAUAAAACUGUU